AUGUUUAUUGGAAAGCAAAUCAGUUCAGCUGCUCAUCGUAAGAUAAAACUAAAUAAAUAUGAAAAAUUUGCUUGUAUUUGUCUUCAAGAUACACGAGACAAAGUCAAACCAAUUGAAUUAAAUGAAGAAGCUAGUGUUGACACACAAAUUGUAUCGAAUACUCGUCUUGCUCACUUUGAAGGUUUCAAUAACGAGAUGAUUUAUUGGUUUUGUGCUCAAACUGGAUCUGAUAGAUCAGUAAGUUUUUUUUUAACAGCUACUCAUCCUUUACUUGAAUGUCAUGCCGAUGUAUUAUCUAAUAGAGAACAUCCGUCAUCACCACUUUGCCUUAUUAUAUCACCUACAUGCCAACAUGUUUUACAAACAGAAGAUGAAGCAAGAAAAAUCACAUAUCGAACUGCUGUGGUACCAUAUAAGUUACUUCAUAAACGUACAGCGAGAAUAUGUAUUCUCGUAAAAUGUCCAGCUGAUUAUUAUUUGCACCUAUAUCGCAUUGCUGCUGAUGAUCAUGAUAUGUUUACUGUAUCGGAUCAUCUUCAAGACAUGGUGGGAAAAGUCCAAAUAAAAUGA